AUGGACAACGUUAUCAAUAUAGUUCCGCAGCCCCAAACACCACCUCAUCUGAGGAAACCCAGCCGCUACGAGCCUACCCCCGAUAAACCUGCUCACUCGAGUGGCUCCUCGCGUCUUCCAUUCGGUAACGUCGCCAACAGUCAACGUCCGACGGUCCCUUUCGGCAUCAGCAAAGACCCCCAGAGUGACGCUCUCGCAAGACUAUUCAAGCUCUUCAACUACGAUGGUCCCUCGAACGCCUUUUCGAUACCAGGCCAGGUCAAGUCACGCAAGUCUUCUCCCAAACCUAUCCUACGCUCCCCAGGCAACCCCCCCGUCAAAUGCCCUGAAGACUUCCAAGCCCGCAUCCUCGCCACCCGCGCCCGGCUCGCACGUAAAUUCGGCUCCUCCGACUUCCCAUUGCACUCGGAAACCGUCAUACGACCUCUUCCGCCGCACAGCUCUCCAGCCGAUGUGCUCGACCUCAUCCGCCGGCGACGCACGCCUAUCAACGAACUUGAAGGGUUCAGCGAUUAUGGGUCGAUGCUGUGCCGUCAGGCUGUGAGCUAUGCUGCCGCUGAAAGCGCAGAAAGGGCAGAGAGGAAUAUGACAGAGUUUGAGGAGAGGUUGGAGGAUGAUAGGCGGAGGCUAUUGAGAAGCGCGGUGGUAGCGCAGAGGGCGAAGUGGAUCGCGGAGCUAGUCGAGCUCGAGGAUGAGGGUAGAGAGCUUAAAGAGUCGGACGAGGACACGUGGGCUGCCGUCGACGAUGGAUCGGAGGCGUCCGAUGAAAGUGGCUAUGAUGCGCCAGAGUCAUCCAGUGAGGGUGGAGACUCGCCAUAUUCGGAGGAUCGGCGCACGAACGAGUUCGAGCACGACGCAGAGUAUUUCGAUGAGGGGCAGUGGGAGGAGUCCAAUUCAGACGUCUUCGGUCCGGAUGAUUGCUCGUUUGAUGAGCUUGACGGGCUAGUGGAAGCCUUCGCGAGGAUGACGCUCGCAGAGAGCGACAUACAACACGACGAUUUCUUGCCUUGCGAUGAGCCAGAACUGCCCCACGUUCUUCCAUCGUUCUCCGCAGACGAGGGCGAAGAUGAAGCAAACGACCGGGAGGAGCUCGAGUCGGACGUCUUCGGGCCAGCCGCGUCGCUUUCGGAGACACUGGACCAAGCUGAACAGGACUCAAACACGUAUCUGGAGUCGGGACCCGAAGGGGACAGUAUUUUGUUCUCGGAAGACGAGGACCUGUCACUGUCCCUGGAACUUGAAGAAGAGGAGGGUCUGUCUUCAGACGAAGAGUCGGACCCUUUCGUGGUAACGCCGUCAACUCCGUACAGCCGGCGUAUGCGGUCAAACUCUUUCAUGGCGCGGUUCUCACACCUGUAG